CGACACGGACUGCACAAAGUUUAAAGAUGCUGCACAAAGCAGCGGACUUCACAUGACUGAAACAGAGCUGCAACCGAGACACCGACUCCUCCCUGUGCCUCUAAUGCGAGGACAGCUUUUUUUUUGGGCUGCGUAAACACACACUGGCCUAUGUCCUCGGUCACUCCACCUGCAUGAUCUGUAAACCAGCUUGCAAGAUGAACUUCAAGAAUUUUAGGGAGUACCUGGCCUGGCUGUACUACCAGUACCUGCUCAUCACCGGCAUCUAUGUCCUGGAGCCCUGGGAAAAGUCCAUCUUCAACUCCAUCCUCUUCUCCGCCAUCGCCAUGGUGAUCUACACCUCGUAUGUCUUUGUGCCCAUCCACGUGCGCCUUGCACUGGAGUUUUUCUCUGGGAUCUUUGGUGGCCAGCCUGAGAGCACCAUGGCACUCAUGAACUAAAAGAUGGAGAGAAUAUGGAGGAGAAAGAGGCAGCGACUGGGUGGAUUAGCAUGAAUCCCCAAAUAAUUCCCUACAACUCAACUGGAGCACCUUGAGCCCCUCUUUACACCACGUUCAUCCCAAAGCACAGCGGUUCGUCACCUCAGCUAAUCAAGACUGAAAACAUGAAGAUCUUAAUGGAGUGAUCUGGAAAUCAGAGCCUUACUAUCUUCUUUACAUCCCAAACCCUCUGGCCUUACCCCAUGGUAUUAGACACACGACUGUACAUUACUUUCACAUCCUCGCUGUGAAAUGUGUUGUGAAAUGUUGUUUGUCCUAUUUGUUUUUAUUUUUCCUCACAAUAUGUCCUGUGUGAGUGCAUACCACCUUUGGGUUUUGCAUGAUAGGGUCAUUCGUGGGUAGUCCAUUUGCAUGCUCUUCUCACUACAGAAUACUACUCUCUUCUUCCCAUCAUGACUUCCAAGCUGCAGUCUUUAAAGGGGCAUUCCAAUAAUCUAGUUUGUCAUUUUGAUGAAAAAAAAAAAAAUUUGUUAGAAACAGAUUAAAAAAGAGAGUGCUUGUAAUUGAAGCAACAGGACCAAGAUAUCCUGACUUUAAAGUCUUAAGUCAAAAACCUAAAACACUGCAUCCUACAAGAUCCAUAAUACAACUCAGCAUGGUAUGUAGGCAGACCUUCCUUGACUGGUUAAUCCCGACAUCUUUAAAGCCCAACACCCCAAGUUCAGAUUAUUUUUCAGACUUUGGCUGCAUCAGAAAUCUCUAUUGUGAAAUGUUUGCAAGCCAACCGCCAGAAUAAAUGUUGGUAUUGUACAUUUCUUCAAAGCACAGAUAUGUUGAAACAUUAUGUUUCUUUACAUUGGUUAUGGUUAGAAAAAAAAGAUCAUGUUUGGGUGGCACAAUCACUGCUGGAAAUGCAAUUGAUGGUUUGCUCAAAAAAAAAAAAAAAGACAAACAAACCAAAAAACCCAAAACACUUGAAACAUGUACCAGUGUAACAUAUCCGUGGUUUGUAGAAAUGUACAAUGCCAACUAGGGAUGUUAUUAAUUAACUGUUUUUACAGAAAACAAGAAUUUUGACCAAUCAAUACUAUCUGGUAAACAGUUAGAAAUAUAUUAAAACUGGCACCAUGGGGGGAGAUGAUGACACAGCAGAGUCUGCUGCUGCCCACACUGGUGUUGUAUGACACUGCCAGGGCAAUGCCAUGAUGCUUCUCCUGAGAGAUGACUAUGACUCCUCGAGAAGCUCAUGACCCAAAAGGCAGAGGAGGACACCUAUAUGAGAGAUCAUCCCCGCUCACUGGAUACUAAUCCUCUUCACUGGUGGAAAGGUACAGCAAACUUUCUGUUGCUGCCAUUACACAGACGGUCAGUUCCCAGUUUGCACGAGCUAACACAGCAGCAGCGGCUAACAUCUGACACUGAGCAGUUUAACGGUACCAACAAUCUCACACUGACACAAAAACCUGUCCUCUCUGUCGUUAGACUUGUUAGGUAAUGUUAGCUGUGUGAUGCUGACAGUUAGCCCUGUCACUGUGUGUGUGGGGGGGCCAGGCAGACUCUCUAUGUCACCGGCACCGAGCUCACACUCCCGCAGCAGUGAGGUCAUGAUAAACAGAGAGAGAACAGAGCGGGACAAGGUGGCGCUGAGCAAAGCAAUACAACCCCCGACCCCAGCCUUUUGAUUAAUGGUCAGUGAUUGGUCAACGAGGGUCGGCUGUACACAUAAAACAUUCUACAUUAGCAUCGCUAAUGCCAGCAUUUUCCACUGCCGACUGGGCUGAUGUAUGCACUAUUUAUUGCCCUCAAACAAUCAGUGGAGCAAAAAAAGUUAAUGCAUGGACACUACUUUCUGCUUUUAAUCCCAUAAUGCACUGCAUUGCAGUUUAUAGGAGUGAAAAUUACCAUCAUGUGACUCUACAGCUCUCAAUGAUGAUGCAAAAUGAAGAUUCACAAGUGUCUUAAGUGUCUGAACAGAGUAUGCUAUUGACUGUUUAGUGUGUAAGAAGUAAACAAAUGAACAUGGGAGUGAUUUUAGACACACCCUUAGGAGAGCUCCCUGUCAGAGCCACAGGUGACAAGUGAACUGAACUUGGUGUAUAAAAUCAGUGGAGUGCCCCUUUAAAUAUGUGUGCGUUUAUGUUUAUCUGCAUCUGUGACGCCAUGUUAAUUGCUCUCCGAUAAAAAGGGAGUCAAUACUCAUCCCAACAUUCUUGUGACACGCACUUAAUGUUACUGGUUGAUCUAUGGUUUUGUAUCAGAACCAUUAUCACCUUUUUAGUUGCCUUUAUGCACCGUAAUGCUAACUGGCAGGGUACAUUGCAUAUUUCAAGUCAUUGUGUAUCUGACCUUUCAAGAGAGAGUUGGUAGAAAAGCCCAAGCUAUGCAAUGGAUCUAAAAGUGUCACGAUCAGGGAUCUGUUUGUGAAAUUUACCGAUUUACUGGUCAAAGUAAGUAAUAAAAUGAAAUAACUGCAUAGAUGUGUGCCGAGCCCUCUCUUUAUCUCCUGUUUUUUAACUGUCGGUAUGUCAGGAAGGUGUGCUCGGCACUGAGCAUGAGCAAAUAUUGAUACAACACACCUUUGUGUUUUAGGCUUGGCUUUGUUAAUGAUGUAGCUUUACUCAAUCAACAGCCUCUGAACUCAAAGCAGAAAUGUUUGCUGUCACAUGCAAAAUGCAAAGACUGCAGUCAAAUUGGCCUUAAUGAAAAGCAAAGCCCGACUGGCCAACCGAGAACCAUCUUCCUCACCUAUAGUUGAUCUAUAGAGAAUGAACCGGGGAGAGAGUGAGUCGUAGUGUAUCUGGUAGCUGUGAUGAGCAUUGCGUUUAGUUGUGUGUUUAAGAUCAGUUUUUAAUAUUUGUGCUUUGGGUCAAGGGCUCGCUGAUUACAGUCUAAUCAUGAUCUCUAAGUUAACUUUAUUUAUAUGGAGUUAUAUAUUUAUAUACACUGGUAAAUGCUUGGCUGGUUACAAUGUCAAUUACCAAACUUUUUUUGUUUGAUUAUUUAUAUCUGUGUUCUCUUGUGGCCAUAAGUAACACAUAAAUUGUUCUUUACUUUGUUUUCCACCUUAAAGUGCUUUUAUAUUGUUCCACGUUUGUGUCAUUUCAUUUCCGUUUGGAUAAACUGUUGCAUAGUCCCAGACAUUUCCUGUACCGAGAACGAAAAGAUCUCUGAGGAGCUUUUUCACCGUUCACCAAAAUGAAUGUUUCAUUUAUACAUUAUACAAACACAUCACUGCAAUAUUCAGAAAAUAAAGUCAUCUGAAGAUACUUAGAAAGUUGUGUUUCUCAUCCUAGUUUAUUUUUUUAUAUAAAUGUUGAUGCAUACUGAUGAGAAAUGUAUCCACACAGCAUAUUAAAGGGAUAGUUCAGAGUUCUUGGAGUGGGGUUGUAUGAGGUACUUAUUCAUAGUCAGUGUGUUAGAUACAGUAGAUGGCAGUCAGCAUGCUCCCAGUUUGGAGAAGCAGGCAGGUGUACCACCACAGAUGCUCAGAAAUGCACUGCUGUGGAUGGGGGUUAGCAGCAAAGCAUAUUUAGCCACUUCAAAAUGGCCUACCCAGAAAAAAAUCAGUAUCAGUCCAAGUGAACGUUAUAUUGAGAAUAUUUUCACCGCUUUAGCUUUUCUCAAACUAAAACUGUAAACUUGUGUCCACGGACUCAGAGAGCAAUUGCUGCCAUGAGUCGGACUCUUACUGAAUCAGAAAUGCUAGCGCUUCACACUUGAAUGGUUGUUUGAUAAGUCUUUUCAUGUAUUUGUAGGUAUUUUGCGUAAUUAUACUUGAUGGUUGGAUAUGGCAGUGCUCUUCAGCAAGUGUCUCUCUUGCUUAGGCGCUAAGGCAGUUAGCAGUCUAAAUGUGACUUUUGCAUAUCCCUCUUAUGGCACACACAUGCAAUUAGGGUAGAGGGGUAGUGCAGGGUCAGCCAUGAUACUGUGCCCUGCAGCAGUUUUUGGGGGUUCGGUGCCUUGCUGAAGGGUACCUUGGAAGUACCCAGGGGGCAAAGUAUACACAAACUUGAAGCUUCCAAGCCAAAGGCCCCACGGACUGAGCCACUGGCCCCCCUUAAGUGAUGGUUUUACAUAAUCCUCUUAAGAGAAAUGUUUACUGCUAUGUCUAUAUUCAUUGUAACUAGUCACAGCUGUUUUCAUGUCAUUGUUUGAACAGCCUGGAAAAACACAAGCACAAACCAUCCUAAGAAAUCUUUAGAAAAGUAAAGUUUGGUUUGAACUGGAUUGCGCAACAGCACUUUCUGACCCAAACAGCAGAGUUGAGCUUUUGCGUAGAAAUAUGGAAGUUAUAUGGUUGAAAAAAUGUGGCACCACCAAUGAAAUUAUUCCCAAUAUAGCAUCCACUUAGACUUAAGCCCCUUUUACACUGCCAGAUUUUCGGCGAAUGUUGGGCCGUUUUGCCGGCAAGCUGUGAGCGUUUAGACACACAGAGCCGGAUUGGCGAGUUGAUCCGAGGUGCCCAAUUU